CGCGUCUCACAAAAUCACGCUUAAAUUUAACGUUAAUUUUUCCUCAGAGUAAAAUUUUAGUUAUUUUUCAAAUUAUACACAAAUGAGUCUGGUGAGAAAAGGUUAAAGCUCAGAGAAAUUUUGUGAGGAACCCCAAAGAUUUCGGGGGAUUGUAUUAGAUAAACAAAAUGGGAAGGGUUUAUGUACAACACCCGCCGCUUUGGCCCAUAAAUAAGCUUUUCGACUUUUGCAAAACAUACCCUCAAGUUCCAACGAACUUGUGCUUUAGAUUUCAUUAUUUUCAGACGAAACCUUUGGUGAACGGUCUCGGCAAACUCGACGUCUUUGGAGGUGCAAUUGGAUGUGACAAAUCAAUGGUCCAGUACCCGACCCAUUAACAUGCCCUCUUAGACCCGACCCGUUAACCACCCUUUAGUCUAUCGAUAACCGUUGAUCCCUCCGCUCUUCAAAAAUAACCCAAAAAUAAUAAGGAAAAAAAAAACAAAGAAUGCUCAAAACCAGAAUUCUCAUGAGAGCCCUCUCCUCCCUUUCCCGCCAAAAUUCAAACUCUCAGUGUCUACUCCCCAACGGUCAACUAGAGGAUGCGCUUGUAAAAAUGUCCACGGUAGGAUUAGAAUUAGAUUUUCGGAGCUACGAUUCUGUCCUCGACGCAUGCAUGAAUGGAAGGGCCUAUAGAGAGGGUCAACGGGUCCACUCUCAUAUGACCAAGACCCGUUACCCCAUGCAAGUUUACCUCAACACAAGGCUUGUGAUCUUCUAUGUCAAGUGUGAUGCUCUUGACGACGCACGCCAACUGUUUGAGGAAAUGCCCGGGAGGAGUAUUGUUUCGUGGACUGCGAUGGUAUCAGGGUAUUCGAAAAAGGGUCUUCAUUCGGAGGCCUUGGGUUUAUUCGUUCGGAUGAUGGUGACAGAUCUCUUACCAAAUCAACACACUUUGGCUUCAAUUCUUACAUCUUGUGCUGGUCUUUAUGGCCUCCAGCAUGGAAUGCAAGUCCACUCCCUGUCCAUCAAGCUCAACUUCGAAUCCCAUAUAUUUGUUGGCAGUUCUCUUCUUGAUAUGUAUGCAAAAGCUGGUGAAAUUCAUGAAGCAAGAAAGAUAUUCGAAGACCUUAGUGAAAGAGACGUUGUCUCUUGUACUGCUAUUAUUUCUGGUUAUGCGCAGUUAGGCCUCGACAAUGAAGCCUUGGAAUUAUUUCGUGAGUUAUAUAAAGAGGGUAUGACAUGUAAUUAUGUCACUUUUACGAGUCUUUUGACUGCACUCUCUGGCUUAGCUGCUGUGGAUUAUGGAAAGCAAGUACACUGUAUCACAAUUCGAUCCAGACUUCCAUUUUAUAUCGUUCUUCAGAACUCUCUUAUUGACAUGUACUCAAAAUGUGGGAAUCUUAUCUAUUCGAGGAGAAUUUUUGAUAAAAUGUGUGAGAGAAGUGUAAUAAGUUGGAAUGCAAUGUUAGCAGGAUAUGCUAAGCAUGGACUAGGGAAUGAAGUUAUCAAACUUUUCAAUUCCAUGAGAGAAGUAUUGAAGCCUGAUUGUUCAACGUAUAUGGCAGUAUUAUCUGGUUGUAGCCAUGGUGGACUUGUUGAUGAAGGUUUAAGAAUUUUUGAUCUCAUGACUAAAGAUGAAGAGGUUCAUCCUGAAAUUGGCCAUUAUGGGUGUGUUGUUGAUUUGUUAGGGAGGGCAGGCAGAAUUAAUGAGGCUUUUGAUUUUAUCAAAGAUAUGCCAUUUGAACCAACAAUAGCUAUUUGGGGUUCACUGCUUGGUGCUUGCAGGGUUCAUGUUAAUGUUUCAGCUGGAGAAUUUGUAGCUCAGAGGCUUUUACAUCUGGAGCCAGAGAAUGCAGGAAAUUAUGUGAUUCUUUCUAAUAUUUAUGCUUCUGCAGGAAAAUGGGAGGAUGUGAUGCGAGUGAGAGCUUUAAUGAAGGAAAAUACUAUUAUCAAAGAGCCUGCUAUAAGUUGCAUCAAAUUAGGUAAAAUAAAUCACACCUUUCACACUAACGAUCGAUCUCACCCUCAAAGGAAAGAGGUUGAAGCCAAGGUUAGGGAAAUAUAUGUGAACAUAAAAGAAGCUGGUUAUGUUCCUGAUUUGAGCUGCAUAUUGCAUGAUGUUGAUGAUGAGCAAAAGGAGAGGAUGCUACUUGGGCACAGUGAGAAAUUGGCAAUAGCAUUUGGGUUGAUGUGGAGUUCUCAUCAUGGGAAUAUUCAGGUUAUUAAGAACCUUAGGAUAUGUGUUGAUUGUCAUAAUUUUGCUAAGUUUGUAUCGGUGGUUUAUGGAAGAGAACUAUCGUUGAGGGAUAGAAGUCGGUUUCAUGUAAUUGUAAAAGGGUCGUGUUCUUGUGGAGAUUACUGGUGAUUUUUUGAAAGCCAUAAUUCUACCAAACUCUGAUGAUUUUAAAUUGUGGAGGAAAGAUAGAGAAAGAGAGCAAUCCUCGACAAGAUCGAGGUGAUGCACAUUGUGAUGGGUCUAUUUCACAGGCAGCAAGGCACUUAGUACCUUCGACCAAAGGACUAUGAGAGUAGGUAAAUUCUUCUACACAUUUUUCAGAUGACUAUAUUUGUUCAAUUCUUUCUAUGUAAAUCUAAUUAAUACAUUGACUAUUGAAUAUACAUGAUUGGCCAAGUUUGAGCAAUUCAUUGUGCAUCUAUUUCCUUCAUGUCAAUGAAUUGGCUCCAAUGGUUAUUAUUUUAAUGCUGCAUCGAUUUUUUUAAGUUUACACGAAAGCCUUUACAUUGUGAGGGAAUUGU